AUGGCAGCUUCGAAUCUGAAAGUGAAACUUCUGGUGGACAAGAAGAACCAGAAAGUUCUGUUUGCAGAGGCAGAGAAGGAAGUUGUGGACUUCCUCUUUAACCUCUUGGCCUUGCCUGUAGGAACUGUUGUGAAGCUCAUCCUCACCAAGGACAGCAUGGUAGGCUCUUUGGGAAAUCUCUACAAAAGCGUAGAGAACCUAAGUGAAGCCUACCUAGAAUCAAACCAAAGCAAGCUUUCCCUAUUAGAACCCAAACUCUCUGCUUCUGUUUCCCAAAUGCCUCUCCUUUUGUCCAAUCCAACCGCACCUACUACUCCUGAUAAAGGCGGCACUGUAUAUUUCUACAGGUGCCCCUACAGUUGUAAUAAUUACAAUUACGUAACCAGUGACCGUGGUACUAGCUGCCCUAGUUGCCGAAAUCAGAUGUCAACCAAGAUGACUUAUGUUGCUGGCGCAGGAACAGCAGAGGAGCAAAUACGCGGAGAUGGUGGAGGAGCAGGAAGAGGAGGGUAUGUGAAGGGAUUGGUGACUUAUAUGAUAAUGGAUGAUUUGUCUGUGACACCCCUAUCUACCAUAUCUGGUAUCACUGUCAUGAGCAACUUUAAUGUCAUAGAAGUGGGUUCUCUUGAAGAAAAGGUAUUUGAUUUGGAUAUGGACUUGGGUCUGGCAAUUUUAAAAGCUUCUUUGCAAUCAAAGACGGUUCUUACAGAUGUCUUUCUUGGGAAGAAGCUGAAACAGGGGUCUGGCAAGAAGGAGAUCGAUAUCUCUGCUAAAUGA